AUGUCGUUCGACGAGAAACACACCGAUGAAAAAGACACCGCGGAGAAGUCGCAAACAGCGACCACGGACAGCAUCAACUCAGAAACCGACCGCGUCGAUGCACUAGAGAACCUCGAGAUCCUCCCCCAGAUUCUCCAGGAGGGCAUCCUCUUCGCUGGAUCGGGCUCCGCGCUCCUCCUCCAAGCAGCCAUGCCCGAGAUCCGCAACGAACACGACAAGACCAGCGACGGGCCCAACCUCGCUACCGAGCUGGGUGAUGCCCUCCAGGCAAUGCUGAGCUACUUCUCAUGCCUGGUCUUCGGCACCCGGCAGGAGAAGAAAACGUUGCUGGACAUGCUCGGCAGAGGACAACCGCCCCUCCCCGGCAGCGAGCACUACUACGCGGCCGCACCGAAGGUCCAGCUCUGGGUCGCUGCGACGCUCUACGCAAUAGCCACCGACUUCUACCAGCGUAUCUACGGGCGCGUGGACUACCGCACGGCCGAGAGGGCGUACGCGGAGUUCGGCCUUCUCAUCCACAGCCUUGGGUUGCCCCCGGGGAUCUGGCCGCAGACUCGGCAGGACUUCUGGACGUACUGGGAUGACCGCAUCGAGCGGCUGACGGUGACGCCGGACGCGAAUAAGUUUGCUAAAGAUCUGCUGCAUGACAAGGCCGUACCGCGGUGGGUGUCGAUGCUGAAGCCGUUCCUGCGGGUGCUCACGAUUGAGAUGCUACCGCCGCGGCUUAGGGAGGAGUAUGGGCUUAAGUCUACCAUGGGGACGAGGGGAUUGUAUCGCAGCACCAUGGGGUUCUCGAAUGCGGUGUACCCUGCGCUGCCUGUGUCGAUGCGGUCGUAUCCGCUGCGGUACUAUUUCCAGGAGCUAAGGAAACAUAUGAAGACGGUCUAA